AUGGUUGAUGAGGCCCUCGAGAAAGCCCAGUCUUUUCUGCGAGAGAACGUCGCUGUCGAUCGCACUGAUGAUCUUAGGGAGUCCGACAGUCAGAAUAUUCCCUCGGUUGAGCCUUUACAGACAAGUCGACCGAAUGAAGCCGCCAGCACUUCUUACUCUGUGGGCACUUUGGAGAACCCUCCGAUGGUGCUCCGUGGCAGCUCGGUUGAACAAGAUAUGCCCAAGCAAAGCAGAAGCAUCGAGAGAAAAGAGCAACAUGGUAUUAGUGAAACAGGAAUAGACCCGAAGUCGAUCGUUGAGAUGGUGAGGGAUGCGGUCGCGGGUAUGCUCGAUGAGAGGCUGAAGGCAAAGGAAGAGGAACAACGACUGCUCGAAUCUCGGAAUCUGGCGCAACGGGCUGCGGAACUAGAGUCGGCAUUAGAACAAUCGAUGCGACGCGAGCGUGAACUGGCUCAAAAGUUGACCACAAAAGAAACUGAUGAUCGGCGAAGCGAUGCUCAACAGGUACCUGCAUCGGCAUCAAUUGGUGAAUCGGAGUUGCAACGAGGACGGGCUGCUACUUCGGAGGACUCGAACGCUUCCAAGGAGAACAGCGAGCAUGUGCAAGGGAGUGAGCUCCAUGCUUUCGCCAUCGAGACCGCUUAUGGCCUCAAGCAUGGGCGCAUCGGUGCCCGUCUGUUCGGCGCAUGGUCUUCCGCUUACACAGUGGAGUGA